AUGCCUAACUUGACGCCAGAGGAGAUCGAGAUCAAAGAAUGGAAAUACACUGGUUACCAACAUUACACCAGAUUUAUUGCAUCGGACAAUGAUUAUCUUGUCUUUCGACGAUUCUCCGUUCUGAGCACCAGGGUGUCUCUUGCUCUCCAGGAUGAGAUAGUUGUCCUCGAGCAUGAACUGGCAGAAUUGGAUAACCGACUUUCUGAAAAGCAUGCCCCUGACAUUCAUAAUGGAUCUUUCAGAGCCGAUAAGGCCGAUAAAGUCAGUCCUAUUGCGAGUGCCAGAGCAAAGUUAUUACACGGAAAGAUAUUCCACAAACUCAAAGAAUACAACGAAUUCAUGUUCCACUACUCUCAUCUUACCAAUCGACCUCCUGUACCGACCAAAGACGCCACCAGCUUGAGUAAUUGGCAUGAAAAUCAUCUCAAUGCGAUUCAAGACGAAGAAGCAGCAUACAUAACUCACACCGAAGACCUUUUUUCCCUUGUCUCAAAUCCCAAAUCGCCUCUGCGAAACCUCUUCGAGAAGUCCCUCCACUUCCGCAUCUUUCGACCUUGGCAAGUGAAGAGGAAAGAUCCCGAGAACGCAAUCCGUGAUGCGGAGCAUGAGCUCUACAUGUCUGAUACUAGAGUUGAUGGAUUUGUAUCAGUGUUCAUAGCUAUUGUUGGAUUGGCAAUGCUAAUUGCACCACUUUGGAUUUUGGAGUUUACUAGUAGUAGCGUUAUUAGCUUGGCUUGGAUCACUGGGUUCAUUGUACUGUUUCUUUGUAUAGUCUCAUUUGCGACGGAAGCGAAGCCUUUUGAAACUCUGGGAGCAACGGCUGCAUAUUCUGCUGUACUUAUGGUGUUUUUGCAGAUUGGAAAGUAG